CUUGAUCAAAAUUGUUAAAUUUAUAUUCAGAAUUAUUUCGUUUUCAAGAUAAAAUCAUUAUGAGCGACCACUUGGGAAGUUCUCAUGACGAAGGUGAGCUGUCAGAUGAAAGUCACAAGAAAAGUCAAAGAGCGUCGAGUUCCGAUGAGCCAAAUCCAGCCAAGUCGAACAAAGGUUUGGAAUCAAAAAUGCGUGAAAGCAUAUUAAGUCGUCUGAGCAAGCGGAAGAACAGUGAAAGCGAUGAUGAUACCACAGAACAACGGUUUUCAAUACAGCCUAAAAACGCUCAAAAGGCAAAAGAGGACCGAUAUCGAGAUAAAGAAAGAGAUAAAAAACGGGAAAAGGACAAACGAGAUGACAGAAGAGACGUGCGUGGACCAGAUGCUCGACAAAAAGAUCGUGAUUUCAAAGGACGACAGGAAAGAUCUGGAAGAGAUCAGAAAGUACAUGAACAUAGACAUCAUCACCAUCAUAGAAAACACGAAACAGAUGGGCACCGCACAAACAGAAGUAACAGAGAUCGUUCGUCUGAAAGAGACUCAGAAAAACACAAAAGGCAUAUUGAUCGUCAUAAAAAAUCCAGCACAACUUCUCCUGAUAAUGACAAAUCGCCACACAAAAAGUCAAAACAUACAGAUGUUCCAGCAGAUGCAAAGCUCUUUGAUAGAAUUCUCGACCCGAACUACAAAAAGAAAGAUGACGAUGUUCUCGUGAUUGAAGAUGUAGAAAUGUCGCCAAUUGAGAUAUUAGAAGAAAAGGAAGAGAAAGAAAUUGUCGAAUUCACUAUAGACUCACCAGCUGGCCCCAAGAAAUACUCAAAAUUCGAAAGCGACCCAGAAAGUGAUCAUGACGAUACUAAACCGAAGAGCCCUGGAAAAGCUGAAGACGAUGACGAUGUCAUAGAAGUAUUGGAUGAUGCUCUACAUUCGGAUGAUGAUGCAGAUAGCGAUGAAGAUAAAUAUUUAAAAACACCAGAAGAUCGAGAAUGGGAAGAAAUGACUGAAACUGAACAAAGACUUCAUAAAGAAGCAAUGAAAAAACGUGCGUCAAUGAAACAAAAAACAUUGAUCGCCCAGUUACCUGUUUUUUAUCCCGGUCUCAUGGGAUGUAGAAAUAUUGAUGAAUAUGAAUGUGUGAAUCGAGUUGAUGAAGGAACAUUUGGAGUUGUAUAUCGUGGAAAAGAUAAACGAACGGAUGAGAUUGUCGCGUUAAAAAGACUGAAAAUGGAGAAAGAGAAAGAAGGAUUUCCAAUCACUGCUCUUCGUGAAAUCAAUAUGCUUCUAAAAGCUGGAAAUCACCCGAAUAUUGUGAAUGUUAAAGAAAUUCUACUAGGAAGUAAUAUGGAUAAGAUCUACAUGGCUAUGGAGUUUGUUGAACAUGACAUGAAAAGUCUUUUAGACACAAUGUCUCGUCGAAACAAACGAUUUUCGAUAGGUGAACAGAAAACACUUCUGCAGCAACUGCUAUCUGGAAUUGAACACAUGCAUAAACUUUGGAUUCUGCAUCGUGAUCUCAAAACAUCCAAUUUAUUGAUGUCUCACAAGGGAAUUCUGAAAAUUGCCGAUUUUGGACUUGCUCGUGAAUAUGGAGAUCCACUGAAAAAGUUUACAUCAAUUGUUGUAACUCUCUGGUAUCGAUCACCGGAAUUGCUUCUUGGUACACGUCUCUAUUCAACUCCCGUUGAUAUGUGGUCUGUUGGAUGUAUUAUGGCAGAGUUUAUUCUCUUAAAACCAUUGUUCCCGGGACGCGGUGAACUUGAACAAAUUAAGAAAAUUUUCAUGGAAAUGGGAACUCCCACGGAAUCAAUAUGGCCUGGAGUCACUGAACUCGACGGUUGGAAGGCAUUGACAUUUGAGAAGUAUCCAUAUAAUCAAUUGAGAAAGAGGUUCCUAGCUGGAAGACUUCUCAAUGACACUGGUUUUAAGUUACUUAAUGGCCUACUCACUCUGGACCCAAAGAAUCGAUUCUCCGCUACACAAGCUCUUGAUCACGAAUGGUUCACUGAAGAACCUUAUCCAGUGCCACCGGAGGAGUUUCCAACGUUUCCCGCUAAAAGCGAACAGAAUAAAGCUCCACCGCCGGCGAAGCAGAAACAACAAGAAAAUCGCAUUUCUCAUGUGGAUCCAGAAACUGCCAAGCUCCUAAAACAAUUCGAGGUGCGACCAGAGCAAGUGAAACCCGGUGGAUUCUCAUUGAAGUUCGAUCCAACAAGAUUCUGAUCUCCGGCUAUCUUCCAGUUUAUUUAUAAUUCGGUUGAAUUUUUAAAAAGUAUGGACAUUUUGAAAAUGAAUUAUAUUUCAU